GUAAAGCGCAUGCUGGAUGCUGGUAAAGUGUCACUGUCAAAGUGUAAACUAAUAUAGUUCGUGUGAAAGUGUUCUGGACAUCAAAAUGGAGGCAGACAGAUACGAAAAAAGCCGCCUACACUGUCGCAUUGUUCAAGGUGAGGCUGCAAGUGGCUGUGUUUUGCUGUACGGACGGGUUGAAGAGAUGAGCGCGUGGACCGCCUGCUGGCAGGGCCUCGGCCUCGCGGUGGGAGCUCUGCUGGCCGUCCUCAGCUGGCUCUGGAUCACCCGGCCUCGCACCAACGCGCCUGGGCCCACUCCGCUGCCACUGCUGGGAAACCUCCCGCAUUUCUGGCGAAAGCUGCCCGUCGUCGUGAACGACUUUAGAAAGCUGCAACGUUGCUACGGCGACGUCUUCAGGUUCUACUUAGGACCUAAACUGAUCUUGGUAGCGACGCAGCCGAACGAUGCAAGAAGGCUGCUAGUGGGGUGCAAGAUGCGAGAGAGAGACGACUUCACCACUCGCGCACUCUACGCCUACACAGGCAAUGGGCUUAUCGUUAGUAAGGGUGAACUAUGGAAAGCACACAGAAAGAUAAUCGAACCUACGUUUCACUCAGAGGUUUUGAACGGUUACAUGGAGGCAUUCAAUGAAGGUGCACGUUUCCUGUGUUCGCAACUUGAAGAGGCAAAGGGUGUUGCAAUAGACAUAAGCAAGAUGCUUCACCAUACGUCUUUCCAUGUUCUCGCACUCUCUCUUUUUGGUAUCAGUGUCGACGAACUAGAACCUGAUAGAAAAAAACAAGCUGAAUUCGUUACCGUUUCCCUCGCCGCCCUCGAACUAAUUCAGAAGCGGUUUUACCAGCCAUGGUUGCAAAUUGACUGGAUAAUCUCACUAACACCUGACGGGGAAGCAUUAAAAGAACAGAUGACGGUGUUAAACGGCAUAGUGAAGAAGGGAAUUGCGCUUUUAAGGGAGAAAAGAAUGAAAGCUUUCCCGAAAAAGAGGAAAACCUUUCUGGAUGUAAUGAUUGAUGAUCGUGGAAAUUUCCUUCUCUCCGAAAGCGAAGUCUUUGACGAGGUACGAACAUUUGUACUGGCAGCUAGUGACUCCACUGCAACGGCUCUGAGCUGUAUAUUUGCACUUCUGGGUCUGCACCCAGAAUGGCAGGACGCAAUUCAAAAGGAAGUGGACGAAAUCUUCGGAGCUGGGGAUGAUUACAUGAGACCCGCUAUCGACAGUGACCUUGCUCAGCUGAAGGUCACCGAGGCUGUCAUAAAGGAGUCACUGCGGUUGUUUCCCGCUGUACCAGUCGCACCGGUGUUCGCGUCGGAAGACAUCCCACUGAGCGACGGGCGGUACGUGGCGCCUCGCGGCAGCGUCGUCUUCGUCUUCCUGAACCUGCUGCACCGCCAGCCGGCGCUCUUCCCCGACCCCGACAAGUUUGACCCACGACGGUUCCUGGAGGGCGACGGCGCUGGUGCACUUUUCCCCUACAGCUACCUGCCGUUCGGUGCUGGGUCGCGCCUCUGUGUGGGUGCACGCUUCGCCAUGCUGGUGAUGAAGACGACGCUGGCUAUGGUGAUGCGGCAGUUCCGCAUCAUCGCCAGCUGCACCAGGGAGGAGCUGGAGGAGAUCGCAGUCUUCAUCACUGGCAAGCCUGUCCGCGGCAUCAGAAUCACGUGCAUCCCACGUUCAGCUCCCGCGAUGAAGCACUGAACUUAGCAGAGUGAACUAAAACAGAAGCACAGAACAGAAGUUCAAUCAGCUAAAUUCGCUGUGAUCCUAAGUUCAUUAUCCACUUUUUGACUUCAGUAUACAUGUACGCAGACGACAGUGAAACACAUUUAGCCCCAUGAAUUGUUUUCAUACUGGCUUCGACUUUCCAAAUCGUGCAGCCAUCUGUAAUAAUAACAGACAGGAUUGUUUAAUCACAUGGACUGUAGAAUUAAUUCAAGUUUAACACAUUAUUCCAUAUAUAAAUACGUAUAGCGAGUUUACACUGACAAAUGUCAACUACACUGCCUCAUACAGACAUGACAACACAUAUACUCGUAAAUGACAAGCGGUUUUAUUUGGCAUGUCACUGAAAUACAUGCGAGUGUGUACGCUUUGAGAAUAGUAAUAAAUAAAACUGCUCAAUUUA